CACGUUAUGACGGCAGUGCGGAGGUAACGUAACGUCAGCCUGUCUUAAAACUUCUGUCGUUCCAAAUUGAGCUGCUCUAAAACCUGCUACUUUUGUGAAACGUCCGAGAUCUACAAACCAGAAAUGAGUUCACAAAUCCGACAAAACUUCCACCAGGACUGUGAGGCUGCUAUUAACAGGCAAAUAAACCUGGAGCUAUAUGCCUCCUAUGUUUAUCUCUCUAUGGCAUACUAUUUUGAUAGGGAUGAUAAAUCCCUACCAAAUUUUGUAAAGUUUUUCCACACACAGUCUAAAGAGGAGCGGGGGCAUGCUGAAAAGCUGAUGAGUCUGCAGAACCAGCGAGGAGGCACAAUUUUUCUGCAGGACAUCAGGAAACCUGAUAGAGAUGAGUGGGGAAGUGGCCUGGAGGCUUUGGAUUGUUGCUUGCAGCUGGAGAAAAGUGUAAACCAAUCCCUGCUGGACCUGCAGAAAAUGGCGACUGACCACAAUGAUCCUCAUUUGUGUGACUUUAUAGAAACACAUUUUCUGGAUGAGCAAGUGAAAUCCAUCAAGCAGCUGGGCGACUGGAUAUCCAACUUGCGCCAUAUGGGAGCGCCUCAGAGCGGCAUGGCUGAGUACCUCUUUGACAAACAUACAAUGGCUACAGAAGAAAGCUAGACUACACUGUGAUUACUCUGGUCAGCUCUGCAUGCCAGUCCACCCUGUCCUUUGUCUCUCAACUUUCUUUAUAAAAUAUAAUUUUUGUAGUAGUGAAUUUAAGUUGACAUCCUUGUAUAACAACAUAAAAAUGUAAAAGGUAAUCCCAGUUUCAUUUUUUUAUUGAAAAAAACAAAGGAAACAUAACAUGACAUGUAAUAUUUAUUAAAGAGUACACUGAUGGACACAAUUCUAAUAAGACUACUUUAUGUACGGAUAUACAGGAUUGACUUUUUGUCCUUGAGCUGCAGAAGAAAAUAGAAAUUGUUUCUUAAUUUUCCUUCAAAUGUUGGCGGUUAAAUCUCAAAAUGUGCUUUUUGCCUUAUAAGUAUUUAUUGUUCGAUAAGAGCU